ACAAUAAUUUUCUGUUGCGAACUUUUUUUUUUCUGUACGUGUGUGAAACUAGCAAUUUGUGAUAACGAUUUUCCGUAUGGACUGCAGUGGUUAUUGAUAAGAUAAUUUAAUUAUUAUCGACUUACAUGUUUUCAUUUUAUUUUUAGAUUUAGUGUUGUUGGUUUAUUUAAUUAAAGUGUGCAAAGUACCUAUUAAGUUUUAAACGAUAGAAUUUCUGCAGUAAGAACAUACAGUAAAUACCCUACAUUGAAGUGUAGUAAAUGUUAACAGUAACAACCUGCGGCAAACGGAAUUCACAUAAUCUAGGAAAAUGAAAUUACCAUAACGUUAUAACUAAAUUUUUUUUAAAAUAAUGUACUUCCAAUUAUUGUGGCGUUCUUACAUUUUGUUCAUUGUUCUUUGCGUUUUACUUUUUGUGCUCAUAUUAGCAUUGAGAUGGCAUUACACUAAGAAAAAGAAUAAACAUGCGACUCAAUUUAGCAUAGCGUUUUUUCAUCCAUACUGUAACGCAGGUGGCGGCGGUGAACGUGUCCUCUGGUGCGCUGUCAGCGCUAUCAGUGCUGUCUAUCCCAAAGUAAGAAUUGUAGUUUAUACUGGCGACUUAGACGCAUCACCGAGUGAAAUUAUCAAACGGGCAAAGCUGAGAUUCAACAUUAAUGUACCUGACAAUUUAGAAUUUAUAUAUUUACACAAAAGAUAUUGGGUGGAAGCCAAGAAUUACCCUUAUUUUACUCUAUUAGGGCAAAGUCUCGGCUCUAUAAUUUUAGGUUUCGAAGCUUUGAACUUAUUCCAACCUGACAUUUACAUAGACACAAUGGGAUAUGCGUUCACAUUGCCAUUGUUUCAAUUCUUAGCCGGUUGUAAAGUCAGCUGUUAUAUUCAUUACCCGACUAUAAGUUCGGAUAUGAUAAACAAAGUCAUACGACAAAAAGGGAAAAACAAAACAAUAUCGACGGUAAAACUCCUAUACUACCGGCUUUUUGCUAAUCUAUACGGCCAGCAAGGUCGGUUUGCGGACUCUAUAAUGGUGAACGGAUCGUGGACCGAAGAACAUAUUAAUUCACUUUGGAAUCGUCCUCUGAGUACAUAUAAGGUAUACCCACCUUGCGACACGUCUGAUUUACAAAGCAUACCCUUGGAAAGGCCUAAGAAAAAAUCUGUGAAAAUUAUAAGUUUGGCACAGUUUAGACCAGAAAAAGAUCAUCCUUUACAACUUAAAGCUAUGUAUCAUCUAAGACAAAUAGUAAAUGAACAAACCUGGGAGAAUAUAGAACUAGUGUUUAUCGGAUCGACCAGGAAUCGAGAAGAUGAAGAAAGAGUGCACGACAUGAUGGAUUUAUGUAAACACCUGUCUUUAGAAAAUAACGUCAAGUUUAAAGUCAAUAUUAGCUACGAAGAGUUGAAACACGAGUUAGCUGAAGGUCUAAUAGGUUUACAUGCAAUGUGGAAUGAGCACUUCGGUAUCGGUAUAGUAGAAUGUAUGGCAGCUGGUCUGAUAAUGAUAGCACACCGAUCGGGUGGUCCACUCAUGGACAUCAUUAUAGAAGACGGUGCUGGCCAAAAUGGAUUUUUGGCUACAAACGAAAUAGAAUACGCACACGCCAUCCACAAAGCUCUACUUUUAACGGAUGAGCAAAAACUGUCAUUACAAAAAGCCGCGAGAGGAUCAGUCAAUAGGUUCUCUAAUCAGCAAUUCCACGAUAACUUUUUACGAGCUGUACGACCGUUGUUUAGAACAAAUAAUGAAACAUAAUUUUUAUAUUCUCAGUAAAAAUGUUUUUUAUUUCUAAUCAAACCAAAUACUAUACAAAAUAUUGCUGUUACUAUUAUAUAAAAUAGUGAAUUGUUGUUGGUUUAAA